AUGAAGUUUGGAAACGCUCUGUUAUAAGAAUCCAUCAAUCUCAGAAACAUUAACCAAAUAAUUCAGAGCAGAAAUCAUCUAGGAAAUGAAAUGCCAAUACCUAAAUACUAUGAUCAUGGAAGUACCUCUGGAACACCCUAUCUGAUAAUGCAAUACUUCAGUACAACUCUAGAAGAUUUCUUCUAUAAAAAUGUCUCUAAUCCUAAUGGGUUAAGUUUCUAUCAGAUCGCUGAAAUGAUGUUUGAAAGCAUUAAGUAGCUGCAUGACUUAGGAUACUUGCACAGAGACAUUAAACCUGAUAAUUUCAGCGUUUAGAACAACAAAAUUUGUCUUAUCGAUUUUGGCUCAUCUAUCUAAUAUACAAAUCAAUAUGGUGAGCAUAUACCAGAGUAAAGGAACAGAUAAAUAAGAGGUAGUCAUGCUCUGGCCUCUAUAUCCACACAGCAAGGGAUUGAAGCGUCCAGAAGAGAUGAUUACAUUUCUGCAGCUUAUACAUUACUUUUACUCAGACAUAAAACCCUUCCAUGGUACAAAUAAGAACUAGGUCAAUUAAAUCAGUAAUAAAUAAAAAUUAUGAUUGAUGAGAAAACUACUGCUUUAAAAUAACCUCCUAAAUCAAAGGAAGAUAAAGUUAUAUUCUCUAUUUUGGAUUAUCUAUACUAGCAUGACUUUGGAGAGGAGCCUGACCUAUUAUACAUUUAAAAUGAACUAUUCAAUAAUUUAGAAAGAUAAACUUUUAAUUUAUGUGCGCAAGUUGAUAAUAAAAUUCUAAAGAUAGUGGAUGUCCCUCAUUAGUUUUCAGCUAGCAAAAAUAACAAUCUUUCCACAAAAGAUUUUGAAUAGCUUAAUGUAAUAAAGCAAACUUCUAAACUAAAUUAAGUGCAAUAGUCUAUUAGUCUAGAGUAUUAAAGGAAACAACAAGAAUUAAAACCAUUUUUAAUUUGUAUAUCUUCAAAAGUAAAAAUUGACUUAGACCUGAUUUCUUAUAACUUCUCAUUUAUUGAAAAAUCCAUUAAAAAAAUAGAUUAAAAGUGUUAGAGAUAAAAGAAAAAACUAGAAGAGCUUAACGCCGUUGGAUGCAAUUCAAAAAACACUCCUAGUUAAAAUCCUCAAGAUAAAAAUAAAGAGAUAUAUGAAAGAUAAUCCGAAAUCGUUGAAUUCUAUUGA